GGAGGAGGGCCAAGCUUAGUUUUGAGCACGUGUUUUGGCCAGUGCUGAGGAGCUGAUCUUCCUCCCAAGAUGGGCAAGAAGGGCAAAGUGGGCAAGAGCCGAAGGGACAAGUUCUAUCACUUGGCCAAGGAGACUGGAUUCCGUUCCCGUUCGUCCUUCAAGCUCAUCCAGUUGAACCGAAAAUUCCAGUUCCUCCCCAAAUCCCGGGCACUUCUGGACCUGUGUGCUGCUCCUGGGGGAUGGCUUCAAGUGGCCUCAAAAUUUAUGCCAGUGUCCAGUCUUAUUAUUGGGGUUGACUUGGUUUCCAUAAAGCCCAUCCCUAAUGUGGUAACUUUGCAGGAAGACAUCACCACAGAGAAGUGUCGCCAGGCCCUGCGCAAGGAACUGAAAACAUGGAAAGUGGAUGUUGUGCUGAAUGAUGGGGCUCCUAAUGUGGGAGCCAGCUGGGUUCAUGAUGCCUUUUCACAAGCCAACCUUACACUAUCAGCACUCAAGCUGGCCUGUGACUUCUUGUCCAAGGGUGGCUGGUUCAUCACCAAAGUCUUCCGUUCCAGAGACUACCAGCCCCUUCUGUGGAUCUUCCAGCAGCUCUUCCGCAAGGUGCAAGCCACAAAGCCACAAGCCUCCCGUAAUGAGUCAGCAGAGAUCUUUGUGGUCUGCCAGGGCUAUUUGGCCCCAGAUAAGAUUGACAGCAAGUUCUUUGACCCAAAGUUUGCCUUCAAGGAAGUGGAAGUGCAGGCCAAGUCUGUGACUGAACUGGUGUCCCAGAAGAAGCCAAAGGCUGAAGGAUAUGAAGAUGGUGCCACAAUUCUUUAUAAACGCUGCACACUGACAGACUUUCUGAAAGCCUCCAACCCUGUGGAUUUCCUUUCUAAGGCCAGUGAGAUUGUCUUGGACAGUGAAGAGUUAGAGCAUCACAGUGCUACCACUGAAGAAGUGCGCCACUGUUGUCAGGACAUCCGUGUUCUGGGCCGCAAAGAACUACGGGCCCUGCUGAACUGGAGGACAAAGCUGAGGCGAUUCCUGGUGAAGAAGCUGAAAGAUCAAGCCAAGGAAAUUGAUAUCAAUUUGAGCUCUGGAGAGGAAGGUGAAGGAGAGGAAGAAACAAAGCCCAAGCGGCAAGAUCCAGAGCCUCAUGUUAGAGAGGAAGAUGAAGCAAAAGAGGAGGAAGAGUUGGAGCUAAAACUUGCUGAGCUCAAAGCGGAAGAGAUGGCAGAUCUAAAGAGAAAGAAACGCAAAAUUCUGCGUGAGCGGCGGCGGCAACGAGAGCGUGUUGAACUGAAGAUGGAUCUUCCUGGAGUCUCUGUUGCUGAUGAUGGAGACACAGGGAUGUUCUCCCUCCGGGCCAUUGGCAAAAGUCAGCUACUGCAUGAGGUGGCUGAGGGAAACAUGGCAGCAGCAGAUACCUUUGUGGCCACGGAAGCCAACGCAGAAGAUGACUUCUCACUCUCAGAAGGUGGUGACUCUGACGAUGACGUGUCUUUGGCCAGUGAGUUGGAUGAUGAGGAAAUGGCAGAGGUUGAAAAGCGCUCCAACCAGAUGCAGCGGGCCAAUGUCCCAGAGAACGUUGCCUCUGAUGAAGAGGAGGAGGAGAAUGCUGAGGCAGGAAAUCCUUUGUUGAUAUCACUGGAGGGCAAGGAGGAACGUGAUGAACAUCAGACAAACCUGUGGUUUGGCAAGGAAGUUUUUGCUGGAAUUGAUGAUGAUGCUGACGAGGCGCUGGAGAUUGGGCAAGCACAGGUCCUGUCCCAGAGUCAAGCAGAACCUCCACCAGAUUCCAAAAAUGUGAAGAGGAAGAAGAAGCUGCCCCAGCAUGAAGCUGCACCAGAGUUAAUGGCGACAGAAAGCCUGACAACUGAAACAACCGAAGCCCCGUCAGAAGAGAAGGUCUCAGACACAAAAGAGAGCGAGAGCAGUGAGAGCAGUGACAGUGACAGCGAUGAAGAAAGGGAGCAGCCAAACUCACGUGCAGGAAUGAAGCGGCUCCGGACAGAACCAAGAGAUAUUGAGGUGAUCCCCAUUGAAGACCCAGUGAAGCGAGCUCGGGUUCUGGACCCUGAGGGGUUGGCACUAGGAGAAGUCAUUGCUACAUCUCGGAAGGCCAAGAGAGACUUGAUUGAUGAUUCUUUUAACAGAUACACCUUUAAUGAGGAAGAAGGGGAGUUACCUGAUUGGUUUGUGCAGGAGGAGCAUCAGCAUCGGCGCAAACCACUGCCUCUGGACCGGGAUACGGUAGAGGAGUACCGCCAGCGCUGGAGAGAGAUUAAUGCUCGACCCAUUAAGAAAGUGGCAGAAGCCAAGGCACGCAAGAAGCGCCGGAUGCUGAAGAAGCUAGAGCAAAUGAAGAAGAAAGCAGAGUCUGUUGUGAAUACAGUGGACAUCUCGGAGCGUGAGAAGGCUGCCCAGCUAUGCAGCAUCUAUAAGAAAGCAGGGCUAGGAAAAGAGAAACGGCAAGUGACCUAUGUUGUGUCCAAGAAAGGUGCAGGCCGGAAGGUCCGACGUCCUGCAGGAGUCAAAGGCCAUUUCAAAGUAGUGGACAGUCGUCUCAAGAAGGACAUGAGAGCCCAGAAACGCAAGGAGCAGAAGCCAAAACGGCGAAGGCAGAAAUAAACUGUUUGUCAUGGAGAGUAGGCUUCUCUUGCCUAUCUUCAACAUAUCAGGAUCUUGACAGGACAUUCUGGAAUAUAUAAUCACACCAGACUCAGCAAGGAACAAUUGAUGGACCAGUCUUUGCCCUGUGAAUACACUAGCAUUUCUCUGAAACUCACAUACUUGAUGUUUGGUGCUUGAUAUAUGUAGCACAAGCACUGGUUAUAUGAGCUGUUUGGACAAAGGCAAUUUUUUUUGUUGCCCUAGUCCACUUGUGUCUUCAGAGUAUCCUUCAGGGUUUCUGCCCUUCUUGUUUGUGUUUAAUAAACUAUUUUUCCCACAAA